CAUUGUUCUAGUUUCUUCCCAAAUCUCAUCGUCUCUCAAAUCUCGACCGUGAACCCAAUAUUGCAGUUGGUUUGUUGCCGCCAUAUUCGUUCGUUGCUACCAAAUACGAAAACAAAAAACAAAACCCCCAAUUUUUUUCUCCUUCUUCUUUCAAUUGGAUCUCAGUCGAAGACCAUACGUAUAUAUUUUGUGUUCUCUGUGAAUUUUCCAGAUCUAUGCACCUAUUGAAGCUUUCUUCGAAGGCUGUUGGUGCUUUAUAAUUUUUCGAUUUCGAAUAACUGUUCGUGUUUUGUUCAGAUUCGUCUUUGAAUAUUCAGGAAAAGGUAGGUUAAAUAAAGUCCCGAAUCUUCUCUCCAGCAUCUCGAAUUGAAUCGGGGUUUAUGCGGUUCUUGAUUUGUUUGGAUACGUUGUUUUUUGGUCUAAUAAUCGUUGAUUUAGGGUUCGAAUUCUAAUCCAAUUACGAUUGGGGCGAUUUCAAUCAUUAUUGGAUUAGGGUUUUUGCUUCUUUGAAUGAUUUGGUGGAGUUGAGAACUGGUGUGUUUGGAUGGGAGAAGGUGAAAUUUGUGUUGAAUUAUUGAACGAUGAAACAAUGAAAGAUGAGACUUCCCCGAGAGUUGAAUCGAAGCGCGACCAUGAAUUGAUAGGGGACGAUGCCGAGGCAGUGCCUUGCGCUAAGAAGCAGGCGAAGGAAGCUUUAAAUGAUACUGGAUUGGAGUCUUGUGUUGAGAAACAGGUUAAAGAAACUUCAAAUGAUGAGAUACGCUCAGAAGUUUCAAACCCAAAUUUGUCUCCAACAGAUAAUGCUUGUAGCUUUCAGACUAUUAGUAGUCAACCUGCGGAGUUGCUGAGCAAUAAUCAAGUGGGCUCGGGCGAAAUCUCGUCUGCUUGUUCUGGGAAUUCAAGUACCGAAGAGAGCGGAGAGGAGCAGAUUAAAAAUGAUACAUCUGGACCAGUUUCUACGUCCGAUUUCGUGCUUGAGAUACCGAAACAUGUUAGCUCCACCGGUAUCAGGAAAAUUACCUUCAAAUUUAGCAAGCGCAAGGAAGAUUAUGAUGAGUUAUCUCCUUCAGCUGUGCCACCUGUGACUAAUGUUGUUUGUGAUGGCUUUUAUAAUCCUAAUAUGGAAUUGAGUUUGUCCAAGAAGGUUUUUUCGGAUAGCUACCCUACAAAUGUUAAAAAGCUUUUAUCAACUGGGAUUUUAGAAGGAGCUCGAGUGAAGUAUAUUUCUACCUCACGGGAGAGAGAGCUUUCUGGAAUCGUAAAAGGCUCUGGAUAUUUGUGUGGAUGUUCAUUGUGCAAUUUCUCUGAAAUUCUCAGUGCCUAUGAGUUUGAGCUGCAUGCUGGUGGCAAAACCAGACACCCAAAUAAUCACAUAUACUUGGAGAAUGGGAAGCCAAUUUAUAGUAUAAUUCAAGAACUUAAAACUACACCACUCAGUGUAGUAGAUGAAGUGGUAAAGAACAUUGCCGGGUCAUCUGUCAAUGAGGAGUCUUUUCAGGUUUGGAAAGCAAGUCUCCAACAAAGCAGUGAUAUCGUUAAAGCAGAAAAGAAACAUCACUUCAAGGCUGCUGCCAUGCAUUAUUCUACAGUAAGUGGUCAAUUGAUAGAAGACAGCCUUAGCCCUACUUCAUGUUCCUACGUUCAGAAUAUCACUUUUAAACAGCAAACCUGCAUAAUGGUGACACCAGCAGGGCGGAAACGGGUGGCUAAAAAGCCAAGCAUGCAACAGAAAAAAACUGCUGAAGGUCGCACUAAGAAGAGGGAUAAUGAUCUGCAUCGAUUACUUUUCAAGCCUAAUGGACUACCAGAUGGGGAUGAAUUGGCUUACUAUUCAAAAGGACAGAGAAUACUUGGGGGCUACAAACAAGGAAAUGGAAUUGUCUGUAGUUGUUGUGACACUGAGAUUAGUCCUUCACAGUUUGAAGCUCAUGCUGGAUGGUCUGCUAGACGUCAACCAUAUCGGAACAUCUAUACUUCUAGUGGAUUGACACUUCAUGAUAUAGCCUUGUCAUUGGCAAAUGGACAAAAUCUGGCCACUGGCAGCAGUGAUGAUAUGUGUACUGUAUGUGGAGAUAGAGGGGAUCUGAUUAUUUGUGAUGGAUGCCCUCGGGCUUUUCAUGGAGUUUGUUUGGAUCUACAAUGUGCCCCUAAAGGCGAUUGGCACUGUCCUUAUUGUACAGAUCAAUGUGGUUCGGGUAAAAAAUGUGCAGGGGAGUCCUCAAACAUGGGAAAAUCUAUUAUAAUUCGUUUGAGACGAGUUGUUAAAGCACCAGAAACUGAAAUAUGUGGUGGUUGUGCUAUUUGCAGGGCUCAUGAUUUUAGUGUUACAAAAUUUGAUGAACGGACUGUUAUGAUCUGUGACCAAUGUGAAAAGGAGUACCAUGUUGCUUGCUUGCGGGAAAGUGGGCGUUGCGAUUUAAAAGAACUGCCCAAGGGUAAAUGGUUUUGUUGUAAUGACUGUGAUAGGAUCCAUGUGGCACUACAGAAUUUAGUUUUAGGUGGAUCGGAGAUGAUUCCGGCUUCAGUUUCAAAUGCUAUAAACAUGAAGCAUGUAGAGAAAGGACUUGCUGAUGGAGCUGCAAAUGAUGUUCAGUGGCGGAUUUCAAGUGGGAAAAGUCGUUAUUCAAAACAUCUGCGACUACUACCGAGGGCUGCUGCAAUUUUUAGAGAAUGUUUUGAUCCUAUUGUUGCAAAAUCUGGUCGGGAUCUUAUACCUGUCAUGGUCUAUGGGGGAAAUAUUUAUGGGCAAGAAUUCGGUGGAAUGUAUUGUGUCGUUUUAAUUGUGAAGUCAGUUGUUGUAUCUGCUGGCCUUCUGAGGAUUUUUGGACGAGAGGUUGCUGAGCUUCCUCUGGUAGCUACAAGUAGAGAACAUCAAGGAAAAGGUUAUUUCCUGGCACUAUUUUCGUGUAUUGAGAGGCUAUUGUAUUCGCUGAAUGUCGAAAACAUCGUGCUUCCUGCUGCUGAGGAAGCUGAAUCAAUCUGGAAAAAUAAGUUAGGCUUCAGAAAGAUGAGCGAUGAACGGUUUUUGGAUUAUACAAGGCGCUUCCAGCUGACGAUUUUUAAGGGGACGUCAAUGUUAGAGAAGGAGGUGCAGCAGACAGUAGAUUAGCGACGACCCAUGUUUCCUAAAUAUAAUUCAGUUAGAAAUGCAGGAAUUUUUUUUUUUCCUUCAUGUAAUAUUGCUGUUAUUUUCUUUGGUCUGCAGCCAGCAAUCUGAUUGAGGGUUUCUUUUUGUUCAUGUAAAAACUAAAAAGGGGAGGGAAAAGGUAUAUGUCACAAGCAACGGCGCAUGCUCUGACAUUUUAAUAUGCAUGCAUGAGGCGCAGUUUUUUUUUUUUGUCUUUCUUUCUUUUUUUUAAAUCUUUUGUUUCUGCGUUUUGUUGUUAUAGCUUUCUUUGUGUAAACAGAAAUAUUUUCGAAUGAAAAAAAAAAAAUUAGUAUCUUUAGUGAAGGACGAUA